AUGCGUUCAGCACCGUCGGUUGGGAUUGACAGCGCUCCGAAUCCAAUGAAGGAUGCAUGGUCAACGCUUUACCGAGCACCACAGAUGCAUGCAGAGAGUGGUGCCUGGCUUGAGGCUUUUUCCAAGCGAGAUGCGCAGGCCAUCCUCAUGGCAGUUCCAUGGACAAUCCUUAUCUCAUCGCUGACCUUCUUCAUGGUAGUGUAUGCGUUCGAGGCUUUUUUGCCAUCGUUCACCGGAGACCUGGAAAAGGUUGUAAGUGCUUGGCAUUAUCUCGUUGCGCUUUCAUGUGCCUUGUAUGUCCCUGUGGCCCUGCUGAUUGAGCGGCCAAGUUCAUGCUGUCGAAGCGGUCCUCGAAGGUCGCCUGAGGGAUGGCUUGCUGUUUGUGCAGUUGCAGCUUGUGCCAUUAUUGCGCUUUGCUAUGCGAGAAGCAUGCAUAGCCUUCCAGACAGAAGAAAGGGGAUCUCCAUCAUUUACGGGUCCUUUGCAUUUCGAGCUGCGGCAACAGGGGAAUUCUUCCUACAAAUUGCUUGGCUGUGGGCAGCUGCAGGCCUGGAGUGCGAACCAGGCCAAGAGGUGGCUCGCUGGCGUCGCUGGAGUUACUUUCUGCUUGCUGUCCUUUGGAGCUUCACAUGGUGGGGUGCUACAGGUGAACGGGAGCCGCAAGCAUCAGAUCACGUAAUCGUGUCUCUAGGCUACCUGGCACGGGUGGUACUCUUCGUCUACUGUGUCACAAGAGUCUUCAGGAAAUGCUCUCGGCAUUGCCAAUGCUGCUGCUUUUGCGCGUGCUGCCGAGAUGAAUGGAGAACUCUGGAGAAUCUUCCUUGUUCGCCAGGUCGCGAACGACUCCGAUAUCUUCUGUUCUACAUCUUGACUCGCCCACCGUUCCUGCUCAUCAUGAACUUGCCCUUAGGCUACCCUAUGGCAUUCUUAGCCACAUGGGCGUUUACUUCACGAUGUGGUCUCAUCCUUUUGAUAGCAAUUUCUCUACGCCCGGCUCCUUCACCAGUGGAAGAGCAUCACAUGGAAAGAGAGACGAGAGAGCAGUUUGACGUUCUUCUGGCACUACACUUGUGCGAUUUUUCCUGGGAGACCUAUCAGGGGCCACCCUCACCUGCAGUUGUCGUGGUGUCGAAUUGUGGCCACAGCCUCUUGAACGGCGAGUACGUCCAGGAUGGUCGUGACAAGUGCGGUUUGCCAGUCUACAAGCGAAAUCUUCCAGCACAUAUGGAACAGCAGGCCAUUCUUCAGAAGACCGAGGGCGUUUGGGAGGUGGUUAUCGUCGGGACCGCGGGAGACUCGACUUCACCAAAAAGGCAGAUCUAUGCUGAAGAAAGUGAGAGUGCAGAGGCACCGAACGAGGUGGAAGGCGCAUGGAUGGAAGUCCAUGUGGAGGACGGCGAAGAAACGUCGGUGUCCAACUCCGAAAUGAAAAUCUCUAGUUCGGAUCGGGAAGCAAAGCGGCAUCAUUCUGUUAAAGGUGGAUGUCCACAGCUUGAUGUGCACUGGUUGCUGGCAGAGCAGAUGGGAAGGCUCACAAGCCAGGAUGGAGAUGGGUCCAGCGCAGCACAGAGUCCAGCAAGUACUUCAUCUUCCUCCAAAUCAACCAAAGAAGUUUCCAUCGUUGUGGCAUUUCGAGGGACAGCCAGUGUCAAAAAUAUGGUGACGGAUGUGCGCAUAUCGCUACAGCCUUUGGCAGAGGAGUCCAAGACAGGCCCCUUCGGCAUUUGCGAAGGUCCAGUGGCAUGCUUUGACCUCGAACCGAAGGUACUGGCAUUGUGUAGUGCUCCCACCGAAUCACGAACCGAAGUACGACAAGUACGAACCAAUCCUUUCUCUCCCACUGCUGGAGCUGCCGUGCCUUUGCAAAGAGGAAAUGGCUCGAGAGAGAUUACAGGAGAGGAAGAUGCUGGCUUGCCAGGGUGCUGUCGUCUCCUAGCACAGUGCUGCAACAAGCUGUUGUUCCCGUUCCUACCUUCUGACUUUGAAGACGAUGAUGAAGAGCUCAGUAUGGAGGUACUAGGCAAUCUCCGGGUGCACAGGGGCUUUGCAGAGGCAUAUGGUGCCAUUCGCUCAGAUGUCCUGGCCAUCCUGAAGGCGCGGCUGGAGCAUUGGCAGAAACAGGGAGUCACCGCCAGAGUCUACGCCACCGGCCAUUCUAUGGGUGGCGCUAUAGCAAACCUUUUUGCGCUAGAUCUUAGUGCUGCCCCAGACGAUCCCAAGAGGUCGCUUCCCUUUGAACGACCAGUUGUGUGCUACACAUAUGGUGCUCCAAGAGCAGGAAAUGCAGCUUUUCGCAGUGUUUACAAUGCUCUGGUCCCCCAGACCUUCCGCAUUGUGGGUUCCCGAGAUGUUGUGCCCACUCUGCCGCCAAGCAUUGCGUACAGGCAAAUCGGCAGAGAAGUGUGGGUGGAUGAUGCUGGCGAAUUGACGUAUGUGAUGUCAUGGGCGAUGCGACAUAUUCUGCCUGCAAGAGAUAGCGUUUGGUAUCAUCCACUGCUCAGCUACUUCCGACUUCUCAAUCGCGCUGUUCUGCGAAAGACACGGUGGCCGUAUCUGUCUCGCUUCAGAGGAGAUUCUGCAGUUCGCGAGGCUCGUGUGGUUACAAGCGAAAGACUGUAG